UUUGUUUACAUCUCGUAUCCAGGUCGCCAUUUAAUUCGUGUUUGGAAAUGAUUCAAUAUGAUAAAGAAGUAAAACCCUCCAAGAGAUGUGCAUAAUACAGUUAUUUAUCCCCGUAAUUCUAUCUGUUGUUGAAUGUUUGGGACAGACGGGAUGCCUUUCGUCUGUGCCUACAGUAAGCAAUGUACAUCGAUGUCCUGGAAACGUCUCAGAGUGGGUCAAAGCCUCUGAAAGAAAGAGGUGUUCGCUUGUAAGACAAAACUGUUCUUCAGAUUCUGAGUUCCAAUAUCACUGUCUCAUAAACGCAGAAAUAAAUGGCAUGGUAGAGGUAUGCAUCCCGAUACGACGCAUUGUGGGGAGUUUCUGUCCAUUUUAUGACUCGAAGAAAGCAAGAAUAGAGAACCACUAUCAUCUGUCUUGUAAAGAACAUAAAUUCAACUGUCCAGAGCAUUACCAAUCAAAUGAGGCAUAUAAGUAUCAGGGUUGCUAUUCGGCUGUCUUUGGCCAGGAGUUUACAAACAAAACCAAACGAGGGGAGAAUGUAAAUGAUAUCCAAAUUUUCCAGUAAGUUUGUGAACUGUUUGAAAGGGUGUGUAAAACUACAAAAUAUUUAAAAACUAGUCGAAUUAGCCUCUUGUUUCGGUAUAUUUGUAUACCUAAAGAUACUUUCUCUUUUUCUACAAAUAAUGGAUUCAUUUGGAUUCAACAUUAUUAAACAUAAGCAAAAUCGACCCUAAAAAUUCACUAGAAUGUGUACUUAAAAAAAUGAUUUUAUGUGACAUAUAAAACGAUCAAUGAUUGCAAAAUGUUCAUCUUCGAAAAUUACUCUUAUCUAUAGCUCAUACCUUUUUCCUAUAUUGUGUUACAUUGUAUAUUCAUGCGGAAUUUUCUGUAGAAAAAUAGGAGACAAAAUGGUAGAUAUACAAAAAGAUACCUUCUGGACAGUGGUUGCAAUAGUUUGUGCAGUCGUUUUUCUAAUGAUCUUUGGAGUGUUGAGCAUGGUUCUAAAGUUUAUAAAUAUAGAAACAAAGAAUGCAUGUAUGGAGUGUUGGCCUCGAUGCUACAAAUGUUGCUACAAAGUUGAUAGUGUACAGAAUAACAGUAUGGAAAUGAAGGAAAAUGACAAAGAAAACAAAGAAAACGACAAGGAAGACAAGGACGACACGAAUGAACGAUUACUAAGUGAUAAAGAAACUGGAAGCAGUGAUAAUUCUUGAACAUUUCUUAGGCAGCAUGUCAAGAAGCACUUUUGGUGAUGUUGGUGAUGAAUUUAUUUAAGAAGCAAUCUCAUUUAUUUAUUGAUCUAUUUAUUUAUUUAUUAAUUUAUUUAUUUAUUUAUAUUGACAAGCUAAGAUAUUCAAAAGCAGAAAAAAGAAAAGAUUAAAUGCACAAAGUUCUACAGAUAAUAUUACAAUUUUGUAAUUUAAAACAAGGAGCGAUAAAAUUAAAGAGAAAUCAAUAUAA